AUGUUUCUAGCUGGAUUAGGAGCAUUAACAUUUGAGAUAAUAGCAUUGUUAGUCUCCAUGGAAAUGUAUGUUCAGCAGAAAGUCUGGUUGAAACAGUCAUCUUGGUUGAAGAGAAUGCUUUUACGCUCUGUUCUUUUACUCUCGUUUACUGUGCUCUAUGUGCUAGCAGUUGAUCGCAGUAACUUUAAAACUUGCAGCCAGUCAGGAUUCUGCAAAAGGCAGAGAAGCACGGCACAAAGACCGGAGUAUGAAGUCGUUCCAGAAACUGUAAUGAGAAACGCAUCUGCUGUUAUUGCCGAAUUGAGGAGCAGGAUAAAUACAUUGAGGAUGGUUAUAGUUUCGUUGGCUGAUUCAACUAUCCGAGUUGUUAUUGAUGAACCUGAGGGAAGUUUGAGGCCACGAUAUCAACCAUUAGAUGUAUUGCAGAAUGGUACAAAUCUUAAGACGGAGGACUUUAAGUAUUUUAAAAAGGAAGCGUCUAUGGUAACAUUUGUUCUGGAAAAUGGUGCUCAGGUGAUGGUUGCUUUCAAACCUUUCCAAAUACUCGUUUACAUAAAUGGAGAAGUUGUCGUUGGGUUGAACUCUCAUCAUUUACUAAAGUUCGAACACUAUAGGAAGAAGGUUCCAGGCAAAGAGAAGGAUGAUGGUGAAGGCUUUUGGGAAGAAACGUUCAAAACACAUACGGAUUCGAAGCCUCAC